CUGGCGGCGGCUGGCAGUUUGUGGCGGUCGGCAGCUUGUGCGGGAUGGCGGGGCUGUCCCUCCUCGGGAUGGGGCUGCUGCUGGCGGCGGCUGGCGGGGCCAUCCCUCCGCCGGAGGAGGCUGCCCGCAUGGCGCGCUUCGUGCUGCACAACUGCGACUGGGGCGCGCUGGCCACCCUCUCCACGCAGGAGGGGCUGCGCGGCCGCCCGUUCGCCAACAUCUUCUCCCUCAGCGACGGGCCCCCCGGGCCGUUCGGCGGCAGCGGCGUCCCCUACCUUUACCUCACCGACAUGGAGAUCUCCGUGCAGGACCUGGAGAUCAAUUCAAAUGCCUCCUUAACUGUGUCUCUGGCACAGACUCCUUACUGCAAGAAGCACAGAUAUGAUCCCCAGAAUCCCCUCUGUGCCCACAUAAUCUUCUGUGGGAGUAUUGUAAAGGUGAAUGAUUCAGAAGCUGGCUUAGCGAAAAAAGCAUUAUUCAGUCGCCACCCUGAAAUGGAAAGUUGGCCUAAGGAUCACGAUUGGUUCUUUGCCAAAUUCAAUAUCACUAAUAUUUGGGUCCUGGACUACUUUGGUGGAUUGAAAAUUGUGACACCAGAAGAAUAUUACAGCGUCAAACCUUAGUGGAAGAAGAUCCUUGGUGAUGCUGAUAAACGAAUGAAUUACCUUGGCUGCUUCAUGAAAGGUUUAUUUUUUUCUAUGUAUUGUGGAGCUGAAUUAAUAAUGCAAAAAAUCAAACACCUUGUAAUGUUAAUGAGCUUGUAUAACCCUUCUGAAGCAAACGUAAAUUCUCUCUAACUAGCACAGCUUGAAUCAUGUCAUACUCAAAAACCUUUGUGCAUAAGCCAUAACUAAAUUCUAUUCAUCGAAUGUGAUUAUGGCAAGAAGUCUGCCUGACAGUCUGCAUUCAGAAAUGCUGUGUUUAGAAAGGGACUAAUCCUUCCAUUUCCAGUAAGCCUCCCAAUGCCUUAGUUGAACAAUACCUGUUUGUGACCACUCUCCAAUUUUAUUUCUAAUACCAGUUUAGUUUAGAACUUUAUGGCAAAGUUAAGGGGUGACUCAGCUGUCUGUGCAAUGGAAAGCAUUGCUUGUAUUACAAUGGCAAACGAUGAGUUCCCAAAUUCUGUUAAGAAUUUUCUUUGCACAGUAAUACACUCACUUAUUUGAGCUAUUUUUCUAUUUUGUUACCUAUAUUGAAUGUUAUUGCUAAGCUGGCAGUGGUGUUAUGCCCAGUCUUUAAAAGAAACAGUGUGGUAAAGCCUAAAGUAUCUGACUUUAGUAUAAGAAUAGUGGCUUGUAAAUUGAAUGAGAAUCUUGUAAAGGGAAAAUGUUUUUUGGUUAGGAUUCUGAAACCUUCAGCUUUGUUAGUCUGAUCAAAUGGCAAUGUGUCAGCUUUUAUUACCCUCAGCAGUAGAACUGAGCAGACUUUUGGUUUUGGAAGCCUUACACAGCAAUUUUGAGUUAGAAAGCCAGAAGUGAGAAAGAAGCAAUUCAGUAUGACACAGAUGAUUCAUGAUUUAGAGACAAUGAAAAUUAAUGAAAGGUGUGCAUAAUUAAUUCUCUAAAAUAAGCCACACACACCUACAAAAAAAUAAAUUGACACCUUUUUACAUCCUCCCUCAUCUCCCAUGUGCUAAGUUCACAAAUAUCCAAAAGCAGUUAGGAGCAAUUAAGUUGAUUUUACAAUGAGCAAAUAUUACCUAGUUGACAAGAGUAAAGAAUGUGAGAAUUUGGACUCCUUAGAGGUAGAGCCAUACCUAGAACAGUGGAAUUUGUCAUGUCAAAUCAUCUCUAUAUCUUAGUGUUGUUUUAUCAUUACUAUUCUCAAAUACUGGAAUGAUUUUUGAAAGUAUUUUUGAUAUAACUUAUUAAGUUUUCAUUUCCUGCAAGGGGAAAAAGGUACUUAUUACUGUAUCAAUCCCAUUCUGGUCUACUAUUUGAAAAUUAAUUUAGGAUCAAAAAAAAAACCUUACCAUAUGGAAACAAUUCAUGUUGAACAUGUAGCACUGACAUUAAAUAGGAAAUUGAAAAAUAUUUUUAUAUAAGGUGUAACAAUUGUGGAAACUCAAAUGAUCCUCUGAUACAGACUUAAUCCUUACCAUGGGGACACCUGAAUGCAGUACAUGUCAUUUUGUAACUUUUGAUGUAUGAGAUUGAUGAUGUUGGGCUUUUGUCAAAAUUAAAAUGUUUUUUGACAA